GGCAACUGACCAAGAUACACUGACAGACAAUAGACUUUAACUCUAACCCACAUAGACAGAUAGAUAGUCAGCUUACUGCAGCUCUGUCCAAAGGUAGGUGUGCAUCUUUAUUUGUUCAUCUCUAUAUUGUUCAUUAUAUGUUAUGUGUGUGCUUGUGCUUCCAGUGUGCAACCAUGCCACUAGGUGAAGGGAAGAGUGACAUGGAGCGUCUGGGUGUCUUUAAAGAGAUGAGUUACAUUUCUAUAGAAGACAAGUACACCCCUCCCACCAACCGUCCAUUCAAUGAGGCAGCUUACCGUAAUCGGCAGAUGCAGGCAGGUGUUGCCAAACAGCGGUGUGCCCUGCAAAGCGGCUAUUUCCAAAAGUCCUUCAAUAGAAUAUUUGAGCAUGAGGCCCUGAAUGAGCCGUUGAAGCUGGUCCGGCAGAAUCGCCUUCAGCAAGCUAAGAAAAACCUGGGCAAGGCUUUCCUACCCAGUAAUGGGAACAAGAAACUUUGUGGCUCAGGCAGUUACUACGGAACUCUUUCAGGACCUAUUCCAGCCAUGAGUUCCCAGUUAGUGCCUCGAAAACCCCGUCAGUCCCAUGGACGCAACAUCAUCACUUCGCCGCCUAAGAAAGGCAGUGGCUUCAGCUAUCCUAACUUAACCCUGUCCAAAAUGGAGAUGUAUUCCUCAGACCCAUAUGACAGAGCCAAGGAAAUACUAAAGAAAGAGAUUGAAGUUCAUCGUUCCAAGUUAAGGGGUGGUCCCUUUAAGGUCAACCUCCACCCCAAAGACUUUUUCCAGAGCAAUCCUUAUCACAACGAAAAACCACCUCCACCAGCAUCUGCACAGAAGUCCCUCCCAUCAAUACAGAAAGUCUCUCCAGUUCCUUUCAAGCCUUCAUCCCCCAGUAAACAUAUUGGAGGAAUGAAAGCGGGGACAUUUGACACUUACCCAUCACAUUCUGCAGAUCCAUACACCAUUCGGCGUUCCAAACUCACCAAUCAAGAACCAAUCUUCCAUCCAGCUCCUGGUCCUAAGAGCACCCCUGUUAAGAGCAUUAUCACUGUCAACGUUAACAGGUUAGUCACCAUCUUUAUUUUUCUUAUGACAUGGAGUCUUUUAAGACACAAAUCACCCACCUUGUGUAUCUUCUUAUAAGGUGUCCUUUUAAGUAAGAUACAAAAAAAUUUUAUUCCGCCUCAUGGACACAUACAGAGCAUUUUCAUUUAAGGCCGUUUUCACUCUCGAAAGUUUGAUCAAGGUCUGUCCAUGUUUUCAGUUUAGCUUUUACAUUACAAUUUUGGGUGGGAUAAAACAAUUUUGCAUGAUACAUCCAUAUACUACCAUCUAUAUCAUGUUUCCCUGUACUUGGUGCAUGUUCAUCCAGCUGAUUUUAACCAUAUAAAAAAUGAAAAUACCAACAAUUUGAAAAUAAACCUUGAAAUAUCAUGGUAACAAAUGUUAGAGGCUCAAACAAACUUUGAAGUUUUGUUAAAACACCUACAUCUGUGAUCACCACAAUUAACAGCUCAGGUAUGCUACUGUAUGAAACUCUAUAUCCAAAAGGUAAAGUUUCAGACUAUGAUUAUGUUGAUGAAGAAUCAGCUCUAUAUAUUUGCAUAACGUAUUUUAACAAAAAUUGGUUAAAAGCUGCUGUACAUUUGGAUGAAAACCCAUUAUUUGGUUGACUUAUAGACCGGUGAAUCUGACUUGUAUGUUGCAUGUUGUGUAU